UUUCGAAUACUUGUCAUAAUGCAUCGUAGAAUUUGAUGGCGCUAAUUCUAUCUUUAAAUACUACACAGCAUGAUUCAUGUGGGGUUCACUGUCUAUAGCUCAGUAUUCUUGUCAGAAAAGCCCGAUCAUUCAUGUUAAAAAUACCGGUAUGCGUAAUUAUUGAAAUAUAGAUAAGAAACUACUUGCCUUGCGUAAGUUGCGAUAUAACAUAUCUUUGAUUUUAAAAUAAAUAAUAAUCAAUAAAAUCAAGUUCACUCAGUACUUCAGUACUUUGAUUUGGAAUUUUAUUUUUUGAUAUGCAAUUGUCUACUUUACAGUUAUCGAUUCUGAUUCAAAACUGGUGUCAUUUCAUUCCAUGUGCCAGCUCUGUCGUUUUAUAGUUUUAUUGUGUUUUGUUAUCAUUUUAUAUGGAAAAAAAUUGACACACUAAUGGGUUUUAUCUAUUAAAAAUGAUUUAUCACUAUUCUUUGGUAUUUUUCCAAGAACGGGUAUAUCGGGUGUAUUUGUACAGAUGCAUAGCUAAUCCGUUUCUAUGUUUUUCCGGAAGGAAGUCACCAUUCAAGGUAUUGGAUAGUAAAAUCGUUUAUGACAAAUCUUAUAUUCUGCCUGGGUUUUUUUUUCUGAUUUAAAAAAAUCAUUUAAAAUAGCGUGAGGUUGCAAGUUAUUUUAUCAAUUUAAGGUGAAAGCCACAACUGUAACACUCUACAGAAUUUGACUUUAUUACCUUUUUUUUUUUUUUUAAAGGAGAAGGAUUUGGGUUUUGAUGCAGGGAGAUUUAAAACAAAAUAAAUAUAUUAUGAAUUUGCCGAACAGUUAUGUGCCUUCCCUUUUAUGCAUCGUACUAGUGUGCCAUGGAUACACUUUAGUUUGCGGUUAUGAAAUCGUUAAACCAGCUUACAUGGGCCGACUUAGGCAAAAUGUCUAUAUCGUGCAUUCGGAAGAAAGAACUUGGUUAGACGCUCAAAACAUUUGCAGUUCAAGUGGGCUCACAUUGCAAUUUAACUCAUGGGACGCUGUCAAUUGGUACAUAAAAGUUAAAGCUGAAAGAAAAGGAUGGCGCUCCUCUGAUGAUGUUUGGAUUGGAAUGAUAAAGCACGCCAAUAGCAAUUUCUGGUACCCGACAAUGCAUGGUAUUUGUAAAGAAGAAAAUAAAACACUUCCUGGACAACUUUUUCACGAGAGACAGUGUGCAGUUUUAAACAUGUCGGGAAAUUCUUACUCUGGAAAUUUCAACAUAAUGUAUGCAGCAGCUUGUGAAGAAAAAUUCCUUGGAUUUGUAUGCCUCGCAAAUCAUGGAUUAGUUCCAAGUGAUGUGGAAUUUCACAUUCUCUCAGAAGUGGUAGAGAAAGGCACGAAUCAGAAAUCUUGGCAAAAUGUAACCAUCACAGAAUGUGCGGAAAAAUCAUUUUACAUUUUUGUCUGUUACGCUGCCACUUACUUCCCGGAAACAAGGAUUUGUAUCGCAGAAUGUACAGAUAUGGACAAUGUUCCAGAAAUUGUGACGCUUGUCAAUUCUACAAUCAACUCCACAGUUCUUCUACGAACUUACAAUAAAGUUUUCCUAAACAAAACGGUGUCGGAUUUUCCAACUAUAACAGACCCAGAACAGUUUCCGUGUAAACCCAAUGCAAGAACGACACAGGGGUCAACUUAUGUUUCCACAAUAGUUUAUGAAACAGAGGAGGUAUCAUCGAAAUGUAGUUGCAUUUGUUCAACGAAGACCAAUAUCUCUAUUGAUGAGCUUCAAGAAAAACUGAAUGAGAUCAAAGAAGAUUUAGCUGUCACUAAAACGUCUCUUUCAUCCUCACAGAGAAAGAAAAUUUGUGCUCAGGAUGAGCGAACAUCUUCAACUAGAAUAGGAAUACUGGGUUUGUGUGUUAUUAUAGGGAUUCUUCUCGUUUUAGUCGUCAGUGACAUUUUCAAUGGUGUGCUUCAUAUUUCCAAAAUUCAAGGGAAAAAGAAAAAUAGAAAUAUAUGACAUUGAACUAUUCAAAAACACCGAAAAGAUUUUUUUUAUUGUACUAUGCUUGAAAGUUUUAUACAUGUAUACAUUUAUGUAUUAUUUUUUGCACUGUUUUCUUAAAAUAAGUUAUGUGAAUGACGCAAAGUUGAUUCAGUAAAAUCAGCUGAACCUCCGCUGAACUGUAAAGUGUCCAGUUAUAUUUCUUCCUUUUGCAAAAGUUAUAGCGAAGUGGGUAUAUGUUGUUGUGUAAUUUAGCAUUCAAAUUUAUAAUGAGUGGAAAGAAUGUGGGCGCUUAAGAUGUAGAUUCGGCAGGAAUCUGGGCGCACAAGGAGAGUGAAAAUUUCAUCAAUUAAUUUUGAAUAUUUUUCGAAUUAUAACCGUUAUUUGGUUUAUGUUGGAUGUGGAAUGAGUGGAAAAAUAUUUGAAAUGCAAAAGGUUUUAUUAUAAUAUGGGUCUAAAUAUAGCAACACGAUGCAAUUCAUGCAAAAUCUUACUUAUAUACAACUGUUUUUAAAUGAUUUUGUUGUCUCUGGGUCUUCUCUCCACAAAUUUGAAACGUGUAAAGAUAACAUAUUUCAACAUUAAAAAUGUCGCAUUUUAAAAAAAGAUGGAGAGAUGACCCAGAGAUGGCUAAUUAUGUACUUUUCAAAUUAUUUUUUGAAGGAUAAAAAACAAAGUCCAUUGAUAUGACAGUGGUGUUUCAAACAGUACUUUAUAGAGCAUAUAUUGACAAGUCUCCGUGGCUCAGUGGUUUCGUCCUGGAUUUAGUGAAUACAUACAUUCAGUGUUUUGGGUUCAAAUCCAACUGGUGGUCUUUUAAAAAAAAUUUAAACUUUUUUGUUUUAAAUGUAUGUUAUUAUAACAUGAUGUUGAAUUAUAAUAUACCGGUAUAUUUUAAUUUGUUUUUAUUGAUUUCUAGAUCUGCUGUAUGAACACUAUAAAAAAAUUCUUUUCUUAUUACUAGUUUUUUAGGAUAACACAAUAUAACUUCAUUAAAUAAUGUUUUCAUUAACAUUUCCAACUAGUUAUCGGUUUACCUCUCAUUGCCAUUUUUUGAAAGCUUUGUGAUUUUUUUAAUAACCGGAAUAGCCAUGUACUUCGACUCUCAACAUAAUAUAUUUUUGAUGAAAUCUGUACAUAGCCUUUCGAGGUUAUAGACAUUUAAAUCCCAAUUGAUUCGUGUCGAGGAUUCCUGCAAACUUACAAUCUUGUGCGCUCACUUUCUUUGAAUACAUAGUGUGCUUUGUAAUAAUCCACCCACCAUUACAUGUAAAUGUCUCUCUCUUAGGGGAAUGUAAAAAGGUGUGGAAAUAUAUAUUUAUUUUCUAUGUCUAUAUCCAGUGUAAAACUCAAGUGCAAUACAUUAAUGCAUUUUUUGGUGUUGGUGCGGCAUUCAUUUAAUGGUGGCAAAGCGUCAGUAAGUAACCGUCUGUUUAGUUGAAAAAUAACAGUUCAUCGAAUUUUAAAACAAGCUUUUCUAAAGCAGUUUUCACUUUCUUUUAUGUGCAGCUAAAUACUAAAGCUUUCUAAAGUAGUUCAUCAUGGAAUUUAUUUGCAUAAUGUUUGUACCCAAAAUGCAGUACUUAAAAACAUGUAUCUUAUAAAUUAACAAUUAAAUUUCCUCUCUCAGUUUAAUUGAAAAAAUAUAUGAACAGAUUUCACAAAUGUGGGGUAACUCUUAGUGUGAAUUUUGGUAUAUCGGAAGCUUUUACCAUUACGCUGUUCGUUUUUUUUUUUUUGGUUUUCUUUUGAAGCUGUGCUAUUUAUAUUAUUAUUGACAAUUUGUCUGCCUACAACCAGGACUCUUCUUUCAAGAAAGUCAGGCUUAGAUUUUGUCAUCGAUUUUUUCUUUGAUCUUUGUAACUCGGAAACCGCCAAUUGCUUUUAAAGUGUGUGCCCGAAGAUUUUCUUAAUGAUAAACAAUACCAUUUCAGAAAAAGUCAAAUAGAAAUGAAAAAAGAAGAAAAUGUCUAUAAAGCGAAUAGUAUUGUGAUGGGUUUUCAAGUAUUUAAGCAUUCAAAAAACAAAUAAAAUUGAAAUAUAUGUUAUCCUACUGUGAUGUAUUCAUUUUGGUAUUUGGAAUCAUUAAAAUUAAAUUUGAGUU